AGCAGAACAAACUCCUAACAGGAGGAGACUCACUCAUGGCCUAUGAGACAGAGGAUCAUGGAGACUCAAUUCUGCUUUCCUGACAACAACUCAUCAUGUGUCAAAGGAAAACGCUCCAGUCAUGGAUAUAUUAUCAUAUAUGUGUUUGUGUCGUUGCUGUCAGCAUGGACUGUGUUUCUGAACCUGCUGGUGAUCAUCUCCAUCUCUCACUUCAAGAAGCUUCACACUCCAACCAACAUGAUUAUUCUCUCUCUGGCUGUAAACGAUUUGUUUAUUGGACUCGUCAUGCCUGUAGAGGCCAUCAGACUGAUUGAGACAUGCUGGUAUUUUGGGGACACUUUCUGUGCAAUACAUGUAUUAUUUGUUUCAUUUCUGGUCUCUGCAUCUCUUAGUAAUUUGGUUUUAAUUGCUGUUGAUCGUUAUGUGGCUGUGUGUCACCCUUUACAGUACCCACAGAAAAUAACCAUCUCUAAAACACUUAUGAGUAUCUGUCUGAGCUGGGUUUGCCUCUCGGCUUAUAUCACUGCCUUUGUAAUUUAUAAUGGAUAUUUUGACUUUUCACACAGAACAGAUGUGUGUUAUGGACAGUGUUCAGUCAUGAUGAGUUUAAGUUGGACAGUCACUGAUCUGUUCAUGUCUUUUAUUUUUCCUUGUUUGAUGAUCAUCACUUUAUAUUUGAGGAUUUUCUAUGUCGUUCAUCAGCAAGUGAAGGUUAUAAACUCUCUGAUGAAGGGUGGUAAAUGUGUAACGGAGGGUUUAGUGAAGAGAAAAUCUGAGAGUAAAGCUGCUCUGACUCUAGGAAUCAUUGUGACAGUUUACAUGUUUUGCUACAUUCCGUACUAUUUGUAUGUUCUAACUGUAAUCUCUUCUACAACCAUAAAUGUUUUGUUAUUGCUCUUGUAUGCUAACUCAGGUCUGAAUCCUCUGGUUUAUGCUUUAUUUUACCCCUGGUUUAAAAGGACAGCUAAAUUAAUUUUAACUCUGAAAAUAUUUCAAUCAGCAUCCUCUUUGAUCAAUAUUUUAACACAACAUUAAUUAUAAUUACUUGUAAAGCUUUACUAAUAAAGGUAGAUAUGUUA